AAAUCUCGUUUGACCAUUACAAAUCUCUCUCUCUCUCUCUCUUUCCUUCCCUCUCUAUUUGCGUUCACCGGCGGCGCCACCACUCCUUACCGGCUCCCGGCCACCGCCGCUGGCCCCACUGCGGAAAUCCACGCAAUUCUGAUUCCACGACCCUUCUCCUUCACAAAAACUCCUUUGAUAUCUUUUACCCUGUUUCUUCUGGUUUUUACAUAUUCUUUUUCCAGGUCCAGUACGCAAAAACAAUGCAAUUUCUCCAUAUAUAGAAACAUCUCUGUCUCUCUCUUCAUUCGUUAAAGCCUGGCCUUUUUUAAGAGAGCAACACAAAAUUCACCGUCUGGGACCAAAACUUAUUCUCUUACCUAUUCUUUUUCCUCCAAAAAAGAUCAUUGUCACAGUUUGAUUUUAUCGUUUGAAAGGUCGCUGCAUUGUUUCCGGGUCCGCUUAGGCCAUGGCGGACAUUGUGAAACAGAUCCUGACAAGGCCAAUACAAAUGGCAGACCAGGUAACCAAGACCGCGGAUGAAGCACAAUCUUUCAAACAAGACUGCCAAGAGCUUAAAGCCAAGACCGAGAAGCUAGCAGGCCUCCUCCGUCAAGCUGCUCGCGCCAGCAACGACCUUUACGAACGCCCAACACGCAGAAUCAUUGAUUGCACCGAACAAGUCCUGGACAAGGCCCUAGGUCUUGUCAUCAAGUGCCGUGCAAAUGGUCUCAUGAAGCGAGUUUUCACCAUCAUCCCGGCUGCGGCCUUUAGGAAAACAUCAAUGCAACUCGAGAAUUCUAUAGGAGAUGUAUCCUGGCUCUUACGCGUGUCAGCCUCGGCUGAUGAUCGUGAUGAUGAAUAUCUCGGUCUCCCUCCCAUUGCAGCAAACGAACCGAUAUUGUGUCUUAUAUGGGAACAGAUUGCUAUUCUUUAUACAGGUUCGUUAGAAGAACGAUCAGAUGCUUCUGCUUCGUUGGUUUCUUUGGCUCGGGACAAUGAUCGAUAUGGUAAGCUGAUCAUAGAGGAAGGAGGGAUCCCUCCAUUAUUGAAGUUGGCUAAGGAAGGGAAAAUAGAGGGUCAGGAAAAUGCAGCAAGGGCAAUUGGAUUGCUGGGACGUGACCCGGAAAGUGUUGAACAGAUUGUGAAUUCAGGUGUUUGCUCAGUGUUUGCGAAAAUCCUCAAAGAAGGUCACAUGAAGGUUCAGUCUGUUGUGGCUUGGGCUGUAUCAGAAUUGGCUGCACAUCACCCCAAAUGCCAGGAUCAUUUUUCACAGAAUAAUAUAAUUCGGUUUCUUGUCAGUCAUCUCGCCUUUGAGACCGUUCAAGAACAUAGUAAGUAUGCCAUUGCCAGUAAGCAAACGAUGUCUAUUCAUUCGGUUUUUAUGGCUAGUAAUGCUCCAGAGCAAACCAAUAGAAAGGAGCAUGAAGAUGAUGAUAAGCAAAUUAAUAGUAAUAUAGCUCACCCUAUGGGCAAUCAAAUAACUAGCCAGAUGCACAAUGUAAUUACUGACACUAUCGCUAUGAGAAGGCAGACUCCUGACAGUUCAAGGCCAACUCUACCAAAAAAUAAUUCUCCGAAUCACCAUCAUGUUAACCAUCCCAAAGGCAACCAGCAAAAUGCCAAGCCACACCAGCAUCAUCAUCAACACCAUGCACAUCAUGUCUCAUUAUCUGGAACAAGCAUUAAGGGAAGGGAAUUCGAAGACCCAACCACCAAAGCACAAAUGAAGGCAAUGGCAGCAAGAGCUCUCUGGCAGCUUUGCAAGGGAAAUCUUGGUAUAUGUCGUAGCAUAACGGAAUCAAGAGCUCUUUUGUGCUUUGCAAUUUUGUUAGAGAAGGGCGCUGAUGAUGUACAGUCCUAUUCGGCCAUGGCAUUGAUGGAAAUAACAGCUGUAGCUGAGCAAAAUGCUGACCUGAGACGCUCUGCUUUCAAGCCCACUUCCCCUGCCGCCAGAGCUGUUGUGGAGCAGUUACUCAAAGUCAUAGAAAAGGCAGACUCAGACCUCCUUGUGCCUUGCAUCAAAGCUAUUGGAAACUUGGCCAGGACUUUCCGAGCGACUGAAACAAGGAUUAUUGCGCCAUUGGUGAAACUGCUUGAUGAAAGGGAAGCAGAUAUUUCCAUGGAGGCUGCCAUUGCACUUAACAAGUUCGCCACAACUGAAAACUACCUCCACGUUAAUCAUUCAAAAGCCAUCAUCAGUGCAGGAGGCGCCAAGCAUUUAAUUCAACUGGUUUACUUUGGUGAACAAAUGGUUCAGUUUCCUUCAUUGACCCUGCUGUGUUACAUUGCCUUGAAUGUUCCUGACAGUGAGACACUUGCACAAGAAGAGGUGCUUAUAGUACUCGAGUGGGCAUCAAAGCAAGCUCAUCUCUCUGAAGAUCCUGACAUUGAUUCUCUAUUACCAGAAGCCAAAAGUAGAUUGGAACUCUAUCAAUCUAGGGGUUCAAGAGGAUUCCAUUAACUUUAUAUCUUUGUGCAGGAUUGUCUGACAAUAUUUUCACUCUUGUAAGUUUUAUUUACCCUGAUGAAGUGUGUAUAAAUUAGUAUUGAUGUCGACACUGCUAUGGUAGCCAUGUAGGAGACAAUUAUUGCCUAUAGUUCAUGCUUCUUACCGUUA